GAGAGAGAGCACGAAGCCCUAGCCGAAGCGCAGAGAGGAAGGCGAUGGAUAACGGUUACGAUCGGAAAUUCGCAGACAAGUUCUCGGGGCUGGCGAUUUCCGGCGCCGGUGAUCCUAUUGGUGGAGCGAACAACAACCACGGCAACAAUGAUAGCAGCUUGUUUCAGGUCAUAAAGGCGGUGGAAGCUGCGGAGGCAACGAUUAAGCAACAGGUGGAGGAGAACAUCCGAUUGAGGACUGAGCUUCAGAACAAGAUUCUUGAGCUGGAUAGAUUUAAAGUAGAGGAAUCUGGUGCGCAAAGGCCGCGUGCCGAUGAUCCUUGGUUUGAGCGGGUCCAAGGAUCGUAUGAAGCUCAUCAACCAGUUCCCCCUGUCGGUAGUCAAGAAGAUAGGAAUAGGAGUGCGGUCAAUACUUCUGGACUUGAUCCAUCUGGUAGACUAGUUCUACACCAAGAGAGUUUGAAGCCAAAUGCUGAUGCUCCUCUACAAAGUAAUGCGGAAACCCAGUCCUCAAGCAGCAAGAUCAAUGGGACCAUGAAGGAACUUCCGGGUAGUCAGCAGCCUGUGGAUAAUGCCGGCUUCUCUCACUUAUCUUCACCAUCCACAACAUCCUUCUCUCCGGGAAGGUUUAACACACAAGGAGAAUAUGAUCCAAGGUUCCCUUUUUCUGGACAAGGGUUGAUGCCUAUAACUGAAUUAAAUCCUAGAAGCCUCUGGAAGCAGGAUCUUAUUGUCAAGACUCGUGAGCAUGAAGAUGAGAUCAUGCAAUUACGGAGACAUCUGUCUGAUUAUUCCAUAAAGGAAGCACAAAUACGCAACGAAAAAUAUGUCCUUGAGAAGCGCAUUGCUUAUAUGCGUCUGGCCUUUGAUCAACAGCAACAGGAUCUUGUAGAUGCUGCAUCGAAAGCUCUAUCUUACCGACAAGACAUAAUUGAGGAAAAUAUACGCCUCACAUAUGCAUUACAGGAUGCACAGCAAGAGAGAUCGACAUUUGUUUCAUCCUUGCUCCCACUUCUUGCAGAGUACUCUUUGCAGCCUCUAGUUCUUGAUGCCCAAUCAAUUGUCAGCAAUGUCAAGGUUCUUUUUAAACAUUUGCAAGAAAAGCUCCUUCUUACUGAGGCAAAACUAAAGGAGUCACAGUAUCAUGUACGACCCUGGAACUCAGAGUUGAAUAACUCUAACAUUCCCAUGCAGUCGCCUUCACGCUCUUUUGGUGCAGCAUUGACAACUACUCACAAAAAUGGGCUUGAACUAGUUCCUCAGCAAACAUAUUCCCAGGGAAAAGUACCAGUUUCAGCUUCGGAUGUUCAGACCACCAGGGAUUGGGAUCUAUUGGGUCAUGAUCAGAGUGCUUUGGAUGGUGUUGUCAGUAGGAAUGUGGAACCCAAUGACCUGGGGAGGUAUUCACCUUUUGCUAGCAGGAAUUCUGCAGCACGAGAUACACCUACUCAGCUUGAUGUUAUCCGCGGUGAUGCACCAAUAACUCGUUAUAGUGAAGAAACCACCAAUAAACAGGUCACAUUUCGUGAUCCUGUUAGGAACACAGAGCUCGAUGAUCAAGAUCCUGAGGGAAACCAACAUGAGAGAGAAAUGUCAACAAAUUGGAGUCCAGGAAACACUCCUUACACAACUGCACCUGAUGAGCCCGGUUCCUCGUAUCAUUUUCUACCGCCAGUUCUUGAAGAGCCGUCUUCUUCAUUUUCUGAGGCUGCAGAUGAUGAUCCAUUACCAGCUAUUGAGAACCUUCAAAUUUCAGGAGAAGCUUUUCCAGGGAGAGAACUUCAAGCAUGCGGGUACUCUAUUAAUGGGACAACCAGUUGCAAUUUUGAGUGGGUACGCCAUAUGGAAGAUGGAUCAGUUAAUUAUAUCGAAGGAGCAAAGCAACCAAACUAUCUAAUUACUGCGGAUGAUGUUGAUACAUAUCUUGCUAUUGAAGUCCAGCCUCUUGAUAACAGGAAGCGCAAGGGAGAGCUUGUAAAAGUUUUUGCGAAUGAGAACAGAAAGAUUCCUUGUGAUCCUGAAAUGCAAGCCGAGUUACAGAAGAUUCUUAAUCAAGGUCAUUCUUCAUUUAAAGUAUAUCAGUCGACGGGAUAUCUUGAUAUAUGGGAACCUGCUAUAUUGGCCAUUAAGAAGGACAGUUACAGCAUUAAAUGUACCGGGCCCACUGGUACUGUAAUCACUGAAAAGUUUUCGCCGACAACUAGUGUUGGAAUCCCAUAUGGAAGCCCUACAGAGUUCGUGCUAACUGAUUCUGGUGGUGGUCAGCGUCUCCUAAAAACCGACAAUGACCAGGCAGAUUAUAGCUGUUCUAGAGAUACAGUUGUGCUCACAUUGAGAAUGUUUAUCCUAAAGGCAAGUGAGAGAAAGAAAAGGAAAAAGAGAGGACUUAUCUUUUAAAUGUGUAGGAGAACUAUCUCCUGCUCUUGCGGGGAUAUAUUUUUUCGUUGUUAAGGGGUGAGCAUUAUAUAUGUGGGCGUUUAGGCGUGAAAAAUAUAUGGGGAUAUAUUUUUUCGUUGUUGUUCCAACUACCAUCUCUUCGAUAAAGAAUUCAGUUUGUAUACUUCUAGUUGAUUGUUCAUGAAUUGGAGCGUUGCACGACAUCGACUCAAAACACAACUAGAACUCUAGAGGCUGAAGAAUUUUGCAGGUCAGGUUAAUAUUAUAGUA